UAGCAGUGGAGUCUGACACGAAGCAGGAACGCAGCUGGAUCUGGCUGGCUCUGAGUAUAAACAUGCCCGUGAAUGAACGGAUGACAGACAGAAGAGAAACGAAGAAACACUGCUGACAUCUGUUGAGAGAAGAACACAAGACCUGAAGAACCAUGAAGACUUUGAUGCUCCUGAGUGUCUGCGCUCUGCUGUCUGUCUGCAUGUCAAUGGGAGUGUCCACAGAGCCUGACAGUGCUGUUGAUCCUGAGGUCGAAGUUGCUCCUACUGCUGCUGCCUCUGAUUCUGCAUCUUCAUCUGCCUCCGAUUCUAAUUCCAGUUCAUCUUCAUCUGAGUCUGACUCUGCAUCCGACUCUGCAUCUGAUUCGGCGUCUGAUUCAGCUUCUGAUUCGGCAUCUGAUUCUUCCUCUUCCUCGUCUGAAUCAAACUCAGCCAGCGCUGAAGGCACUCCUGCGCCUCACGUGCUGCUGAAGCGAGAUGUCGCGGCGUCACUGCUGCGGCGCCGGAGAGCAGGACCAACUGCGACCGAUCUCACUCCACAACAACUCGAGAGCUUGAGAGAAGUGUGUGAAGUCAAUCUGGCCUGCGAGCACAUGGCCGAAACCACCGGAAUCGUGGCCGCUUACACGGCAUAUUAUGGACCCAUCCCAUAUUAACACGAUCUUCAAAAGCAAACCCUUCCCUUAAGCUCAUCGGAAAUAAAUAAAAAGCUAUUUGUUGUUAUCUUUGUGAGGAAUGGGCUACAUCACGGUUUUAAGCUUCGUUGUUUUAUAAUGGCAGUGAUAGAAAAUUUAUUAAUGCAAUUAGUACAAAAUUUCUCAAAGUGAAAUUAUUUCUAUAGUAUUAUAGACAAACUCUUUGAUAGCUGUGUAGUUCAAAAUAAGCCUCUAGAUUUAGGAAUAGUUUUAAUGAUAUUUGUUUGUGGUGCUGUGAUAAAACGAAUAUUUUCCUGCUUCGAGAUGAAAAUGAGCUCUUAGAUUCACUCUUUAACACUCAAAUUAUUUCCUCUGUAUUGUACUGUGUGUGUGUGUGUGUGUGUGUGUGUGUGUGUGUGUAUAUAUAUAUAUAUAUAUAUAUAUAUAUAUAUAUAUAUAUAUAUAUAUAUAUAUAUAUAUCACCUGGGAUUGUUCAUUGACAAGUAACCUGAAAUUGUUGACAUUUUUGUGAGUAAUGCAUUUUACUGUUCUUUUAUUGUUUUGUGCACAUAAUACUUGUAUAGAAUGUAUGCUAAAACAAAAUGAAAUUAAAUAUUUACAUAUAUAUA